AUGAACUCUUAGCAGCAUAUAUAAUCAUUCUCCUAAGACAAGGAAAAUUACUCAGACGAGUCAAAUGGAAACUAUUAGGAAAGCGAAUUAAAGAGAAGACUCUAUGAAAACAUGAAGAAAGCAGGCAUCCUCGAUGGAUUGAAAUCUAACAUGAGAGGAAGACUAUACGAAUAACUUAAGUUGAAAAAUGACAAGGCAGGAAUUAAUUUAAAAGAUCAAACUAAUCGUUUGAAUUUUAAGCUUGCUGUGUCAAUGGUGGCAGAUCUGUUCCAGAAGUGUGAUAUGCCAUAUGCUUUAUCAGUCUUUCUUCCUGAAUGUGGCUUGCAAUAAGAAGUGCUAAGUAAAGCUGAAAUUCUAGAAGUAAUGAAACUAGAUAAAGAUGAGCAUUAUAUAAACAGUGCUGAGUCAUCUCAAAGAGAAUCAACCCCUCUACUCCUCGACUUGGUCUAAAUCAUAAAACAAAACGGCUCAGUUAGGCCAAACAUGACUUCAUGCUAUAUUUAAACUGAGGAGGCUGGGGAAGAAUCAAUGACUUUAGACUAAAAACUAAGGAAAAUUGACUAUAACUUUAUGGAGAAGGCUGAAAUCGAGAGAAUGAUGCCAUUCAAAGCACUAGAAGAAAGAAUGCUUAAGUAUAAAUAAGAGUGUGACAUGCAAUACAAAAUGGACUUGGAGUCAGAGAUUAGAAGGCUGAAGGAAUUCGAACUUUCAAAAUUAAGAAUGGAUGAGGCUUAAAAAUACAGAUAGAAGUUAUAGGAAUAUAGAGAUGAUCUUGAGAAAUUGCAGCAAGAUAAGAUAAAAGAACUAAAAGUGCGUGAAAAUGAAGCUUGGGACAGAAUCAAGAAUAAAGAACGUGAUCUCGAUAAAAUUAGCUUUGAAUACAGAUAAAAGUAACUAAGAGACGAGGAGGUAAUGAGGUCUAGAGAAAAUGAAAUAAAAAAGACUAUCGAGUUAGAGCAAUAGAUGCUAAGAAAUGAAAAAGAUCUCCUCUCUAAAACCUAGAAAGACUAUGAAUUGAAAAUAAAAGAAAUCGAAGUACAUAGAAUUAAACUCUAAAAAGAUAAUCUAGAGUCAGUUGAAAACUUUAAAAGCGAGUUCUAGCGUAAAUUCUAGGACCAAGACUUUGAAUACCAUCGCCGCAAGCUUUAAAUUGAAGAGGAUGAGCAAAAGAUAAAGCUAGAGAAGGAUCGCAUCUCGAUAGUUGAGAAUAGAAAUGUUAAAAUAAUCAAGGAUUUCGCAGAAAUGGAAGACGAAGUGAAAAAGCUUCGCAGAGAAAACUAGCAGCUUUUUAAAGACUGCCAUGACCAGAAGGAAUAAUUGAGGAUCUUGAAUGAAAAUUUAAGAAGAGAGACUGAGGUAUGCAUGAGUCGAGAUAAGGAAAACAACACUCUAGCACAUGAGAAUACAUUACUUAAGUAAUUGCUGGAUGAGACCAAAUCUCAGGGUACACAAUACAAGGAGGACUAGAGCUAGUUAAUAGAAAACUUGAGAAUGCAGUUGAAUGAGACUAGGGAGAUGAUUAUCAAAAUCAGGGAGAAUAAGGACAAAGAAUAUAAGAAACUGAAAGAGAGAUAUGAAGAUGAAAGACGAAGAGAAGGGGAGAAGUAUCAAUUUGAAUAUGAAAAACUCAAAAAUGAGAUCAGUAUAAUGUAAAAACGGCUCGGCUAAGAAGAGCAUUUCAGCAAGGAGCUAGCAAUACUAAACAAUAAACUUUAGAAUAACAUGAGUACUGUGUAUCGAGGCAGUGGUAGUGGAUCUGAGCAUCCAGCAAUGUCAAGGCAUGAAGUGUAUAAUCAAAAGGUAAGCCAUCAUCAUUUCUAUGGCCAAGGGGGACUUAGAAGUGAUGCUGAGGAUGAUGAUGACAGUGAUGGAGAGGGAAUUCUAUAGAGAAAGAGAGCUUGGGCUGAGUUAGAAAGGGAGUAGGAGGAGAUAAAAAGAAACAUUAGAGGACUAAUGAAGACUGCUCCUGAGAGUAGAGUUAUAGAUGAUCCUAUGCUUGCAGAUCGAGUAAGAGGAGUGAGAUACGAGCCAACAAAUUACAAUCAUGAAGAUAAGAUCCACACCACUGAGAAGGUCAUAGAGAAAAAGAAGUCCUCAGAUUCUGAUAAGCAUCAUCAAGCUGAAAGGAAGCGUGAUGAAAAACCUGCUGAAAAAAAGAAAGCUCCAGAAUCACCCAAGAGAUCACAUACUACAACAGCAGCUACCAAAAACAUUAAGGAGGAGCCACAUAAGAAGGAAGAGAAGAAAUAACCAGUACAUGAGCCCAAAGCAUCUGCUAUGAGUCAUAAAAACACGACACAUUAGUAGCACUAACCAUCAUCGAUAUUGUCACCAGUUAAGAAUACUUAAGAAGAGGAGAAAUAUUCAUCAUAUAAUGCUGCCUCAAAAACACCUGCUUAAGAUAAUAAAUUUGGUACAACAGCAAAUAAUAAUAAUUAGGCAACUGAGCAGGCAUCAAUAUAAAAGUAAUAGACUUCAAACACCAAGCCAACUUUCAAACCUUCAACAAAUCCAUUUGCGAAACGUACAAAUACCACAGCGAACGUUGGAAGUACUACCACCAAUAAUUUCGGUGCUCCUACUACUAAUACCUUAAACAAUGCUAAUACAUUCUCGCCUUCACCAAACCCACCUGCAACUAAUAAUUAUGGAGGCUGGCAGCCUUCAGGAUUCCAAACUAAUCUCUUUGGAAGCGACAAUAAAAACAACAAUAGUAAUGCAAACAACAAUCCAUCCUCUAAUCUAUAUGGUUCUAGUCUACCUGCUCUUAACAACAAUAGUAACAAUGCUCUGAAUCGCAACAAUUCUCUCAGAAGAUCUGCUGAUAAAAGCGAUGCCAUCAGUGAUAAUAUCGUUGAUGACUAUGAUGAAGAUUUCAUCGAGGAAAGCAAUAGACAACCCUCACCAAAGAAAGAGCAGCCGAAGCAGUAGCCAGCAAGCAGUAUAUUUUCAAAGCCAGUAGCCACCAAUGUAAUAGGUACUGAAGAAGAAAGCAGUAAUGCCUAUGAAGAAGAUUUUGUUGAUGAUUAUUUCUGA